AUGACCAUGAGGAGCCUUGGCAGAAAUCUCUUUGGCCUAAGCCGUUACUUUUCUUCUGCCUCCGCCGCCGCCGUGCGGUACUCAGUCGGAAGAGAUCCGUCGUCACUCCCGUUGGCUCUCACCCAGAAGCUUCCUAAAAACCCCACCCCUUGUUUCGUCGAUGACCGUCCGAUUUCUCUACGGUACAGAGUCAAUUCAAUGAUCGAGCUUUCUCAGCUGGACAAGGCUGCGGAAAUCGCUCGUUUCGCUGGAUCGGAAGUACAUCGCGAUGGCCCCGAGACAACACUCGUCAUGUGCAACGAAAUCAUCGGCGCCAUGAUCGGCGCCAAACGUUACGUGGACGCCAUCGCUCUGUUCCACUACUUCUUCAACGAGUGUAAAAUUACUCCCAACAUCGUCUCUUUCAACCACAUCAUCAAAGUCCACUGUAAUGAAAACCGCGUAGACAAUGCCCUCCAACUAUACCGUCGCGCCAGAGAUUCUAAUAUAGACAACGAAGACACAUACAGGAUUCUGACCAAAGGCCUUGUCGACGCAGGGAGGAUCUAUGAAGCUCUGGGUAUGAUUGAGGGCGGCGCGGAAUGGGUGGAACGUAUCUAUGAUUCAGAUUCAGUUGCAUACAGCUAUCUGAUUCGUGGCUUCUUAGAUCUUGGAAACCUCCACAAAGCUGAUCAGUUAACCUAUGAUUUUUUCGACAAUAUACCUUGUUAUCUUUAUGAAUACGACACAAUAGCUAUGGUGGAUGCAGAAUAUUUGGAUUACUGGUUUAGACAAGGCAAUGAUGAGGAAGCCAUGAAGAUUUACAACUCAAUCAUCUCCACCAAAGUUGGAAAACUCAUGUGUCCACCGACUGGAAAUACCCUUUUGAAAACCUUGCUAAAGCACGGCAAGAUAUCUGAGGCGUGGGCAUUGUUCAAGGAGAUGAUAAACAAUUCUAACACACGAGUUUCUAACAAGGAUGUGUUUCGUCGACCUAGGGGUGCAGAUAGUAUUGAUUCAGAGACUAUUAAUCUGAUGGUGAACGAGUGCUUCAAGAUGCGCAAGUUUAAAAAGGCAAUGGAUACUUUCAAGCUGGGAGCUUCGUUUUCUCGGUGUUAUAGUUACAUUAUCGACAAGUUUUGCGAGCUUGGAAUGAUGUCUGAGGCAGAGGGUUUGUUUGAGGGAUUGUGCUCACACAAAGACGUGGUCUUGUCCCGUGAGAUUCCUUUAUUUAGAUCAAUGAUCAAUGGAUAUGUUAAGGUUGGGAGAGUGUAUGAUGCUCAACGGAUGUUGCAAAAGAUGGUGGCUGCAAGUCUACUCAAGGUUGCUGUUCGUCAGGCCGAUUAG